AUGUGUUACAACAGGAACCCAGACGAUGAUACCAGCCCAUGGUGCUACACCGUUGACCCUACCGUCAGAGUAGAGUACUGCCCUCUGCGAGUUUGUGAUGAUACAGCCGGAGGUGCAAUCCUAGGCCCAGAUGGUAUCGUGUACUCCACCAACUGUGCGUUCGGUGACGGUUCGACGUACCGCGGCACCGUGAGUCAGACGCAGUCCGGUAUCCCCUGUCAGCGGUGGGACAGCCAGUCUCCUCACCAGCACAACUACCCCAGCACGUAUCCUGACGCCGGAUUGGACUGGAACUUCUGCAGGAACCCGGAUGGAGAACCAAUGACUUGGUGCUACACAACAGACUCUAACUUUAGAUGGCAGUACUGCAACGUGCCAUCUUGUUUUCCAAACGAGUGCUACAGCGGAAAUGGUGCAGACUACCGGGGCAGCGUGAACAUCACCAGGUCUGGUGUGGCGUGCCAGCGCUGGGACAGUCAGACGCCCCACCCUCACAGCCGCACUCCGGAGAACUUCCCGUCAGCCGGGCUGGACGAGAACUUCUGUAGGAACCCUGACGGGGAGGCGGAACCUUGGUGCUAUACCCAGGAUCCCAACACGAGAUGGGACGUCUGCGUCAUUGAAUCGUGUGAUCCGUCGGCAACGCCACCGCCCUCUGCACAGUACCAACGUAAGUAA